AUGCGCUGUACCGACUUUCUGCAGUGGCUCGACGCGAUCCCCGACGGCCCCGGCGCAAACGACAUUGACCCCCCCCCAGACGACCCCCCCGCCCUCGACCGCAAGAGACGAAGGGUCGAGGACGCCCAAGGAAAGGAGGCCGCAACCGGCUACUGCGGCAAGAAAAGGAAAGGGGCCGACCACCGCAGCGAUUUCCGCACACCGCCCCUAUCGCGGACCGUGUCGCGGACCUCGAUUGGACGAAAGAUGGACGAGAGCCAAGAAUCCUGCGGCGAAGCAACCCCGAAUGCGAAGCGACAAAACAAAGGCGGCGGCGCCAACGACAAAACGCCGCGGGCCAGCCUCCUCCUCCUCCAGCGAUCACGCCAACUUUCCCGAGACGGCUCGACGGCUUCUUCCGACAAGAUGAGCGCGGGUAGCAGCCGCAGCCGGAUCACCGGCAGUUAUACGUCGUCGGCCCGCAAGAGGAGGAGAGAGAUGGAGCUCGGGCCAGAUGGGGUUAACAUCCAAAACUUCGCCAGCAUGGGCCACAUGAGCUGCAUGCUGCCGUCGGGGCUUCGGGCGCUUCUCGCCGAGCUCCAAACCUCGGGCUGUGCCGUCGUCUCUUCCUCUCGCCGGCGCGAAAUCCAAGCAGCCACCCUUCCGGGAAUCGAGGUCAUUAGAGACACGGCCUUCUUUGACCCGCCCGAGGAUCAGGGCCGGUUCGAGGCCCAAGAGUCGCCGAGCCUGGCCGACAUCCUCCGCGUGUUAGACAAGGCGGCUGAAUAUGCGGAAAGGGGAUGGGACGAGGCCGGCUGGAACGUAGCCGUUCACUACCCCCUUUUGCGGUUGGCCAUUCCGGAUGGGAGCCAGGUUGAUAUUGCGCCGUGCACAACUGCGGAUAUCCAGCGGCAAUUUCUCCCCACCAGCGCUUCGCGCCAGACGGGGGGGAAAAGGGUCGACUUUUGCAUCACCAUCAACCCGCAUUGGCCCCGUGCACGGUUCGAAUCCACGCCGGCCUCGCGCGCCAUUAAAGGGGUGUGCCGGCAGCUCCCAGGGCUAUCUAUCAACCACACCAGCUACCACCCGCUGGCCGACCGGCCCAUCGCCAUCAGCAUCGAAACUAAGCGCCUAGGCGGCUCCGUCGAAAACGCCGAGAUCCAGCUGGGCAUUUGGCAGGCUGCCCAAUGGAAUAUGCUCGAAAUGCUGACGAGGAGUGAACGCAGCGGCGCCGUGCCCCCGCUGGCCAAGGAGCCAAACCCUUCCGAUUCGCCUUCUUCGGGUCCGGAGCUCACGUCGCUCAACGGCUUGGAUUUUCUGCCGGCCAUUUACAUUGUAGGGCACGAGUGGAAGUUCGCGGCUACAACCAAGAGCAGUACGACUACGGGAGACGACAAGGACGGGACCGAGUCGGGGACCACGCUGUGGACCGAGUUUCCGAUAGGCGACACCACCAGCGUCCUCGGCAUCUACCGCAUCGUGUGGUGCCUCCGGCGUCUUGCACGGUACUCGGUGGAGGAAUUCUGGCUAUGGCACCAAAAAAAUGUCUUGCAGAUGGGUACCGACGCUUAA